AUGUCGUCCGAACAUAAGACGGCGUCGAGGAUCCUGAGCUUCCCAAUCGAAGUGUUACAUUUGGUCUUCGAGUUACUUUCGCUGGCUGAACUGCGUGCGCUUAGCCUUGUCAGUAAAGAGCUGCGCACCCAAGUUGAGCCAUUCCUUUACGCAAACAUCCAAUGGCUUUGGCAGGAAGCUCCUUCGCCUUCCCCGAUCACUCAACUCUUACGCACAAUCUCAUGCAGGCCACAUUUGGCUGCAUACAUCACAAAUGUUCACUUAUAUGGAAUGCGCAUCAGAGGUCGCAAGAUGGCAGGCUCUCUUCCCACGACUCCCAUUUCCAGCUCCGAAUUGACCGAAUACACUGCAUUCGUCCAGGGAAUUGGAGUACCCUACAGCGACCGCUGGAUACGCGAAUUACAUCAGGGCACUAUUGAUGCUCUUCUUGCCCUUCUGGUAGCACAACUAUCGAAUCUCAGGAGCUUGUAUCUUGGCCCGAUUUUCGCUAAAGAAAGUCAGUUUGUCGGGAUGGUUCUCAACUCAGCCCUAUGCAGACCUAAGACUUACAGGCUACCUACUUUCCAAUAUCUCCGGAAUGUGUCUUUCCCCCGCGUCGUGGGAAACGACGGCACAAAGCCUAAAAUGACUCCCCGAGGUAGAAGCAAGAACACCGCCAAUGUCCUACCAUUAUUUUAUCUCCCGAACGUCCAAAGCAUGUCCGUCACUGUUGAAAACCCGGAUGUAUUCACACGGCCUGCAGCGCACUUCCCUGAGCCUUCCAAUCUUACCUCGCUUGAUUUGACCGCUGUACGGGAAGCCUAUCUCGGUGACUUGCUGUCAGAUGACUUCGUUUCGCCUAUCGUCGAUUUUGAUGGGGUCGCGGCCGCGUUAUGUCAUGUUCGAAGUACUCUAACGGAUUUAACAAUCACAGCUGAUGCCCCAAUUGGAGGCAAUGAGCAGUUUUAUCCCGCUGUCAAGAUGGAGGGCUCGCUGCAUGCCCUCAAUAAUUUCGACGAGCUCAAGAGACUUCGGAUUCCCCUGGCAUUCCUCGUAGGGUUUGUCGAAGACACAACAAAGAGAAUGCAGGAUGUGGUCCCAAGAAAUAUCGAAUGCCUAACCAUUACGGACGAAUUGGGGCUACAGAAUUACGAGACAAACAGUGGGGAAUGGACCCCAGAAUUGAGGCACCAAGUCAUGGAGCUAGGUGCUCAAGCUGGAGUCUCCCUCGACUUAGCUGAAAGGAAACGCGACUGGUAA